AUGCGUUUCCGUUCCCUGUUCCACGUUCAUCAUAAAACCACUGGUUUAUGGAAGCCGUAUCCAUUUUGUCGCUGCUUCAACCUUCAAGCUUCGUUUCAACCUGUUCACAUUGAAACAGCCUGGCAUGAGCUACAGCAAAAUCUUUCUCUUGUUGAGCAUUCGCCUUCCAAGGUGAACAUAAAAAGCGAUGGUCCUCUCUACCCCAUCCUUCUUCCGCCGCCUAAUAUCACAGGAAAGUUACACAUUGGACACGCGCUCACUAUUACCAUCCAAGAUGCUCUAGCAAGAUAUUAUUCCAUGAAUGGCUAUCAAGUAUCUUUCCGCCCAGGAACCGAUCAUGCCGGAAUUGCAACUCAGUCAGCUGUGGAAAAGUUUUUGAAUAAAAAAGGCAUCACAAAAUCUAACCUUACUGAAUCCGAAUUCAUGCUUCAAGUUCGAGAUUGGGAACAUCAGUUUCAGUAUCGGAUUCGAAAACAGCUUGAAGCAUUUGGUGCUCUAUUUGAUUGGAAAAACGAAUUUUAUACACUAGAUAAAAAAAGGUCUCGCUCGGUCUCUAAAGCAUUUGUUGAAUUAUUUGAUUCCGGUUACAUAUAUCGAGCUAAUCGUUUUGUCAAUUGGUGUCCUAAAUUGGCAAGUGCUAUUUCGGAAAUGGAAGUGGAUUCGCAUAUGAUUUCAGAUCCUGUCACAAAAUCAAUUAAUGGAGUUGCAGUUGAUUUUGGAUAUAUGUAUCAAAUCGCCUAUCCAUUAGUCGACUCUUGUGAUGAGUCCAUCAUUGUUUCGACUACUCGCCCUGAAACAGUUUUUGGGGACCGUGCCAUUGCUGUUAACCCACAAGACCAGAAAUAUCAACGUUUUAUUGGAAAUUUUGUACGACAUCCACUUCGUCCUGGCCUUGUUCUUCCUAUCGUGGCAGACGACGCUGUUGAUCCAAAUUUCUACACUGGAGCUUUAAAAAUUACUCCAAGUCAUAGCUCCGUUGAUUUCGAUAUCGCUAAAAGACAUGGCAUACCUUUAGCUACUAUCUUGGAUCAAAAAGGCCGUUUAGUCAAUUGUUCAAAUGAACUGGAUGGAAUGGAUCGCUUAUGUGCGCGUCCCAAAAUAAUUCAAAUGUUGAAAGACGUUGAAUCUUUAGUAAAAAAAAUUCCUCACUCUUGCGUUUUAUCUGUUUGUUCUCGAACCGGGGAUGUAAUUGAACCUAUUAUGGUCCCUCAGUGGUAUUUGUCCGUCGAUUUUCUUCGAAAACGACUCUUGAGUAUGACUGAGGAACAAAACUUAAAGUUCUUUCCUUCUUCAACUAAAGAUGAUUGGUAUCGAUGGCUGGAAACCAUGCAAGAUUGGUGUCUUUCUCGUCAAAUCGCCUGGGGUCAUCGGAUUCCUGUUUGGAAAUAUGAAACCACUAAGGGAGAGCAAUGGGUAGCAGCUGAAUCCCAAGAAGAAGCAGUGAAGAAGGCCAAUGGAGCUUCUUUGGAGCAAGACUCUGAUGUUUUAGAUACUUGGUUCUCUUCUUCUUUACUUCCUUUGUCUUCAUUUGGUUGGCCUUGUGAGAAGAAUGUACCCGUGCUGCCAUUCAUAGAAAGUGGUAAAGACAUCAUAUUUUUUUGGAUAGCAAAAAUGGCUUUGAUGUGUUCUUAUUUUACAAAUGUUCUUCCCUUCCGAGAAGUUAUUUUGCAUCCUCUCAUUCGGGACUCGGAAGGGCGAAAGAUGUCGAAAUCUUUAGGAAAUGUCAUUGACCCAAUGGAUAUUAUACAUGGCGUCUCUUUGGAGAAACUGGAAGAGAAGCUUUUAGAAGGAAGCUUUUCAAAGUCUGAGAUGGGUAAAUCCUUGGCUCAUUUAAAAAAGUCUUUUCCAAAUGGUAUUCGUGCCCAGGGAUUAGACGCUUUGCGUUUUGGUCUUUGUCUUUCUUUGCAUCAUAAUCAAAGGAUUUUAUUAGACAUGGAAAGCUUCUCCAAUUCGUACAGGUUUUUGUCAAAAAUCUGGAACUUAACGCGAUAUUUCAAUCAGUAUAAGUCUACUUUGGUCACUAAUGAUACGCCGACUGAGGUAGCCGAUAUUUUCCAAACAAUUAAAGUCGCGUUUGAUUAUCGACUACAGCAUACUGUUAAAAGUUGUCGUGUAAACUUUAAAAAUCGAUCUCUAUUCAAGGUUUCAGAAGCUUUAGAAAAGUUUCUAUUAAACGAUUUGUCAGUCGAAUUUGUUGAUAUUACACGUCCUAUUUUAAAGAACCAUGACAGCCAAGAUCUUGUUUUGCAGUAUUUCAGUCAUCUCAUGAACGUGUUUUUGCGGUUGGCUCAUCCGGUUAUACCAUGCUUAACAGACGUAUUGUGGGAUCGUUUGGACUACAUGCCAAAGGGACCUUUGCACAAUAAUAUCUAUCCCCAGGUAGACGAAGGAAAACUGGACUCCGAAGAGGCAGCCCGUGCUAAUGAAGUUGUAAAAGAAGCUAUGAAAAUCAUUUACUACUUACGAAGCUUAAAGGUAAAUAAGCAGUUAUCGCAAAACCAAAAAUCACCUGUUUAUAUUAUUACACGCACAGGAAGCUUGGACAAGUUUUGCGAAAUAAUCAGAUCCUUAACAGGAUACCAAGUAAAGAUGCAAUUGCAAAACGAUCUUGGAAGUUCUACGACUACUUUUGUUCAGUUUAUGGUUUCCAGAGACACUACGCUAAUGGUACCAGACGAAUAUAUGCAUCGUAAUACCCCAAAGUUGGAGAGAAGCGUAGAAGAAUUACAAAAGAAGGUGAAGAAACUUGAUUUUGUAACUACAUCUGCUGGUUAUACAAAAGCUCCAAUGGCAGUCAAAGCAAAGAAUAACCAGCAUAGAGAGGAGCUACUUGCGAUGAUCCGUAGUUUAAAGGAAAAAAUCAACGGCCUAUAG